GUUGUUUCGGGUCAGUCAUCGCAAUGAAGCAGUGCAGCCCCGCGCGCUCGAGCCGCUGGUCCAGCAGCUGAACGUAAACACGUACCACUAUCCUUGGCGCAGGUAUGGCAGCAGUGCAAGCGGGACUGCCUGCGAGGCAAAUACUACCCGCCGAAGUAUGGGACAUGAUCAUAUACCACCUCCGCAAGCACAAGGGAACCCUCGCCACCUGCUGCCUUACGUGCAAAACGUGGCGGCCCACUGCCCGGCACUAUCUCUUGCGACACGUUCGCUUGACCACGGAGCAUGCCUACGACCGCUUCGUGGACGCCCUAGAUCACUCGCCGAACCUACCCGCCUGCGUUCGCAGCCUAACCAUCAAGCGAGGACACGUCCCUCACAGCGACCCAUUCGAGUUCUCAUCUGUUCUGCUACGCGUGACCCAAUUGUCCCACCUGCAUCUCAAGUUUGCCACCCGCGUCGUCAUAUGCACAUCGCCGAUCGUGAACACCGUCUACCCUUUCCUGUCAACAAUAAUCCUCAGAGGCGGGAUCUACCACGGACCGAAUAUAGCGAGACUCUUGUCCGCCUGUCCAACCCUCCGCACUGUGCGUUUGAUAGAUGUCGACGGCGGACCAGUCGACGACGUCCCUCCCUCGUUCCAUAUCGACAGCGGCGGCGACACCCCUCCCACAUUCGACUUCGGGGCAUCCUUGGAGCCCUCCUAUUGGGACAUCCCUUCGAGUACCAUUCAAGAGCUCGUGUUUCUGCGAGUGUCUGAGUCUGUGGAAUAUUAUCUCCUGCACGGCGCUAUACGGUUCAAGUUUCAGUUGCAAUCUCUGGAGAUUGACUACGACUUCGGUGCCGAACACGCCUGCCCGCAGAUCCUUUGGGACUCACAAUCAUCGCUCCGAACUUUGGUGCUUCAUCAUAUACCGGACAGUGACAUAGAUCACUUCUCUGCCGUUAUGAAGGACAUAGGCUCAAUGCGGUUGAGCUCUCUGCGGUCGCUGACAUUCGAACCGGUGAUCCGAUGGAGGUCCACCAUCAACACCGGCUACAUCGUCGACAUGCUGAACCUGAUCAACACAGACUGCAUAGAAGAGAUACGAAUGGGGUUCAUGAUGCCUAGAGUCAAAAAGUGGGACUUCGAGAGCGUUGACGAAACUCUGGCCUCAUUCGCUCGGCCAAACAUACGGAUCACCAUAGUCAUUGUCUUCCUGGGAGAAUCCAUUUCGACACGCCACGACACCGUUUCGGUCGUCUCAGAAGGAUUUCCGCUACUGAAAGCAAGAGGAUCAAAUGUUGAAGUAGUAUUGACAGACAGGCUUGGCCGCUUUCUGAAGGAGACGUUCCGUCUUUGAGGCGGCCCGCUCCCGUUACCCCAGGUUGUUGAUACAAACCGACGGAUUUUUGUGUAUCUAUACUCUUCACAAGCUCAUUACAUAUACAAAUUAUCACGGAGGCAGC